AUGAAAGUCGACGCAGCUGUCCUCGAGCUCCUACAACUUGAUGCUGACAGUACUUCUGUCUCCUCUGCUGGUGGUGGAGGCUGCAGCUCCGCAUCGACCUUGAAGAUUGUCUCGAAGCCUCAGGAUGGGAAAGAAAAGACUUUCUUCAUGAAGACUGGCAGUGGCAGUGCUGCUGAGACUAUGUUCGAAGGCGAGCACGCUUCGCUCAACGCAAUCAACGCCGUCGUGCCAUCACUGUGUCCGCAGUCUUUCGGCCACGGCAAGUUUGAAUCAAAUCCACAGACGUAUUUCCUUGUUACAGACUUCCUGCACCUCACAGGCCGCUCAUCAUCGAAGGGUAAAGCACCUUCGCUGGCUCAGAAGCUCGCAAAACUGCACACAACGCCUGCGCCAGUACCAGAUGGCUAUGACAAACCCAUGUUUGGAUUCCCGUCGACGACAUGCUGUGGCGAUACGCCUCAGGAUAACAGCUACAAAGAAAGCUGGGCGGAAUUCUAUGCGGACAAUCGAUUGCGUUUUAUCCUACGACGAGGCGAGAAGGCCCAGGGUACAGAUAAGGAGUUUCACAACCUCGUCGAAGCUACCGCAUCGCAAGUCAUACCUCGCCUAAUAGGUGAUGACCACCUCAACAACGGGAAGGGUGUAACGGCAGUAGUUGUGCAUGGCGAUCUAUGGAGUGGAAAUGCAAGCGCUGGCAUCAUCGGCAGCAAGGAGGGUGAACCUGAGGAUGUAGUGUUCGACUCAUCUGCUUGCUAUGCACAUAGUGAGUUUGAGCUUGGAAUCAUGAAGAUGUUUGGUGGCUUUGGUGGAAGUUUCCUGAAGGAAUAUCACGAGCUCUGUCCAAAGACCGAGCCGGUUGAUGAGUAUGAGGAUAGAGUGAAGCUAUACGAGCUUUACCAUCAUCUAAACCACUGGGCAAUGUUUGGUGGCGGAUACAAGAGUGGUGCGGCAAGCAUCAUGAAAACACUGGUCACGAAGUAUGGAGAAAGCUAA